AACAGCAACUUGGAAAUGCAAAGGAAAAACAAAAAUGGAGUCAUUCUAUCUAGUCUAGUCUAGAUCUAAAAGUAGCAUUUUGGAUGACGAGCUCAUACUUAUCAAUAAUAUUGAUGCUUCCAGAACUUUAUAUUGUGAGAAAAUGCCAGUGACUAGAAAUCAGUCCAAUAGUGUCAAUGCAGCAAAGCCUACUGGUGGAAGUGUAGAAAGUUCCAACACAGAUAAAGAGAAACCAGCUGUGGAAGCUGAGCCACAGAGACGAGAAUCACCUGAUAAUUGUUCAAUAUGCCUUGGACCCUUCAUUAAUAAAUCUUUCACCAGCAGCUGUGCUCAUUCAUUUUGCUUUGUAUGUUUGAAGCAAUGGUCUAAAGUUAAGGCUGAAUGUCCUCUAUGCAAGCAGCCCUUUACAAGUAUUUUUCACAAUAUUCGAUCAGAUCAAAGCUAUGACAUUUAUGAACUUCCUGCAUUACUUCCUUCACGUCAUGGGUUUGAAUUCUAUUUCCCAGCAUAUCCCCCUCAUAGUCAUCCUUAUAUUAGCUUAGCUCAACCUUCUUUAAAUGCAGAUCUUACCCUCAGCAAUUUUAGUCGAUAUCAAUUUCGACAUAGACGUAGUCGUUUUUUUCCACAUCCAGUUCAUGGUGAACAUCAGUAUUCAUUUCUUUUUAAUCCUGCAACACAUGUUUCAGCAUCUUCUUGGCCAAGGGGACCUGAAGAUUUUCGUCGUGCUGUAUAUAAACACCGUCUUGGUCCACCUUUGUUCAUCUUAGGCAAUGAAACAAGCACUUAUCGUUUAACUCCUGCAAUGGUUGCUGCAAGUGCCCACAGAUUACAGAGAAUAAUGCCUUGGUUAACAAGAGAGCUCAAAGUUCUUCUCAAAAGUCAUCAGAAUGUCAGAUUAGCUAUAAGUAUUAUACAGCCUUUGCUAACACAAGUAUUAAUUGACAGCCAUCAUUUCAAUGAAAAGGUGUCUUCUUUGAUUGGUAGAAAAGCUCGACAAUUUAUUCAGGAGUUUUCAGCCUUCGCCAAUAGUGCAUUGACAAUGGAAGCCUUUGACAGGAAGGCAAUCUAUUUUCGUCAAGAUACCUCAUCUUUAUUGUUAGAUAAUAAUUCUAGCAGAAGUAGUAAUGAUGAUGAAGAUGAUGUCGUUGAAAUUACAGAUGUCAGUUCAGAUCCAGAAAUUAUAGGCAGAACUUCACCUGUAGCAGGCAGUUCUGGAAUAUUAAGGUCAGGCUGGAAUUCCCCAACCCCUGGACCAUCUUGGGGAAACUUGGAUGUAAUCAACACACUCCCAGUCCUUGACAUGGAAACUGUUUCUGUUAGCUCUGAAAGUGAUGAUCCUGUUUUCAGACCAGAUCAGGUUGAUUCUGAAUCCAGUUCACUUGCUGGAAGUGAUAUAGUGUUUUUAAAAUAUGACAAGCCAUGGACAGAACGUUCUCCUAUUCAACUUUCUUCUGACUCUGAACGUGAACGGCGCAAUAAAAGAAAAUCAAAGCGCAAGAAGAAGAAAAGAGAACAUUUUGUCGUGGAAGAUCAGAAAUCCACAGAGAGGUUGAAGUCAAAUGAAAAAUCAAAAGAAAAAAAUAGUUCUGAAGAUGAAGCUACAUUGUUUCAAGAAACCAACACUACUUCCAAGAAGAAAAGAGUUCAUUCUUCAUCAUCUGAAAAGCAAAAAAGGAAAAAGAAAAAAAAGAAUAGAGAUUUAGAUCGAGAACUUGUAGAUAAACUCUUUGCUCAAGCUUUAAGCCAGACGUUAAAUGCAAGUCAUGCACUAAACUCUGACUUAGAUGAUGGGCCAUGCUCCAGUAAAUCAAGAGAUAAUACUGAAAAAGCUAGUCAUUCUGAAAAAGGUAAGCAUAAACACAAAAAGAAGGAAAGGCAACACAGCAGUGGUUCUCAAAGCUCUUCUAAUGUACAUUCUUAUAAAAAACAUCACUCAGGUCACAAAAAAUCUGGAGACAGGAAUCAAGAAAAUGAGAAUGGGAGAAGAAAACAUAAAAGCAAACACAGUUCUCAAAAUGUCAACAUUCCAGAGUGUUCACAUGAAGGUGAGUCAUCAGUUUGGGAUGCCCAACUACCAAGAACGCAACCAUUACCUUCUCAGGUUGGAAAUAGUAACUUUCACCAGACCAAUUUUUUAACAGUACCCGACACUUUGCAGCAUAUUCCACUCAACUUAUGGGUAAGUGCUUGGCCUGCUAUACCCACUUCUCACACAUUCAGUAGUGCACCAACUUCUUCCUCAUUUAUGCCCUCUACCCUACCAGUGUCAAACAAUUCAGUUUUUAAGUCACGUGCUAUACCAAGUGACUCUUCCAGUGAGAUGGAUUCUGAUGAUACAGAAGAUUAUUCUAUGUCUUCAGCCACAACUAGCACGAGAACUAAACAAUGGCUAGAGGACAACUUUAGAGAUAAAAAAAAGUCUAAAUCUUCAAAGGUCAGCUCUAGUAAAAAUUCAUCUGUCUGGGCUACUGCUAACUUAAAUUGUAUCAGAAAUGAAAAUCAUUGCCAAGGAAUAAGAACUUCAAAAAGCAUUGUGAAUGUUGUAUCUGUGAGUGAUGAUGAAGAUGUAGUUGUUUGUAGUGGUAGCAGCAGUAGUGGGAAAUCAGAUUGUGAAGUUCAAGUUAUUAAAGAUACCACUACUAAUUUGUCUGUAAAUAAAUCUUGUACCUUUCAGCAUGAGAAACAGAAUAACUCUAACCUAUUGCCUGUGCACAGUUUGGAAAAGGCUACAGUAACGUCCAGCCCCCAAGCAACUGUAGAUGAACUGUCUAGCAAUGAAAACAAGAAUACCAAUGCUGAUUUGUUAAGCUCUAGUUUGCAGGCUCACAUGCAUGAAAAUUUAAAUGUUGAUUUGUUAAGUUGUACUCAGACUCACAGACUUGACAAUAGUAAAGCAAAUUUACUAAGUUUUACUCAUCAGGCUCCCAUACAUGAAAAUGCAAAUUUUGAUUUGUUAAAUUGCUGUCCAAAGACCAUUAUACAAGAAAAUGUUAAUUCUAAUUUGUUAAAAAGUGAACUGAAAUCUGACAUUUGGGAAAAUAAAUAUGCUUUAGAAAAUGGCUAUGUGAGUCAAGUUUCAGGAUCACUAAACAUGAACUGUGUAGGAUCAGAUCUAGUAAACUCACUCUUGAACACAUCUGCUGAGCCAUUGACUUUUAUGAAUACUGCAUCUGCCUGUCCUUUACAAACAACACCAGAAGUUCAACUCUCUCUAAGUUUCCCUGCUCCAAUAUUUACUGCGAGUCCUUCAGUUGUAACAUCCACAUUGUCUUCCAUGCUCUCCCAGUCAGGAACUUGUGCCCCUUUAAAUCUUAUGUUCAAUUCUGUUCCUCCUUUUAACCCUCCAGCAUUUCCACCUAUUUUCCCACCAAUUUCCCUACCAAGUUCUGAAGUGGCUUCAUCUUCAAGCAGUAAGCCUGACACUGUAAGCAAUUUACCUGACACUAAUAAAAAUAGAAACGUCAUUAGUUUUGGAGUUGAAGGACUUUUAAAUAAUUCAAAAGACUGUGUCUCAAAAGACAGUUGUAAUGACUCACAAAAAAAGAAUAAUUUUGAAGAGAAUACAAUCAUUGCUCAAGUAUUUCCUGAUCAGCAACAGUUAGAAGUGUCUUCUCUUCCAGUUCAAAAGGAUUCUGUAACUUGACAUCAUACUUUGCCAAUGAUGAUCACCAUAGACAAAAAUAGCUUUUAGUCUGAUUUUGUAUGUGGUAAAAAAAAUAUAACUGACAACUUAUGUUGUUGAGACUUCAGUUUAUAUAUAUAUAUAUAUAUAUAUUUGGAAUAAUAAAUACUUGAUCUUACUUUGAAAUAAAACAUUACUGUAGUCACAUUUAUUAAAGAAAUAUUUAUAUGUGAACAUGAGCUUUUUUUUCCUCCAUUGGUUUUGAACUGUAUUCAUGCAUUAAUUCAUUGAUUUGGUUGAUAUUUAUAUUAAUGAAGCAAAUAUGUCAUUGGUAAUUGAACUAAUUACACAACAGAAUUAUUCAAAUGUCCUUAGAAUCCCUUUACUGAAUUUACCUACCCAAUUCUUUCUACAUUAUUCAAUUAUUCGGUUAUAGUUCAACUCAUGAGAUGCACUGAAGGUUGUAGAGAUGAAAAUUAAAAACAAAUAUUUUUAUCUUAAUAGUAGGCUUAAAUGAUUCAUCUGCCACAAUACCAAUUAAACAAUACUAAGUAGCUGUAUUAACAACUGCAGUCACUGUAAUGAACAAAUAGUAUGCUAGACUUUUUCUUGUUGAUAUUUCUAAAGUUAGAAUUUGACAGUGACACACUUUUCAGGAGUGAAUUACCUCAGCACUUACUGACCACAAAAGACUUUUAGAAGGAUGUCACUACCUCAAAUUUUCGAGAUAAAGAUAAAAUGUCAUAAGAAAAAUAUGACAUAUAUACAUUUUUAAUGUAAAUAAAGUAAACACUUGUGUU